CAGAACGCUACACGCUCAGCACCAACUGCGCCUGCGCCAGUCUUUCCUCAGCCGAGCACGCGCCUUCCCUGUACAAACGCUCGCGCUUCGAGUUUUCCCGCAACAUCCUCGAGAAGUUAGUCACGAGAGACCCGAGCGACCGUUGAUUGAGGCGAGACAAACGUCCUUCUUAACACCGUGAGCAGCGUCCACUGGCCUGCUGGUGUUUGUUUAAUCGGUUUUAUCGAAACUGUUUUGGUUGGCUAAGCUGUAAAACACACCCCUCCCGUGAGGAGUAGACUGAGCUAAAGACAGGAGUUUGGUCAUCAGCAUCCGCUCCGCAUUUUUACGGUGUGCUAGCUACCUAUCCGCCUCCACCCUUAUGGAUUUUAUUGCACCUUAGUUUUUUUAAACGACAUAUUUGAAUACUCGAUGCUUGUCUGACUAGGAAGCUGUAUUUUUUUUUUUAUUAGACGGAUGAAGUAAAUACAGAGGAUCACACACAUGUAGCCGUUGUGAAGCUAGCUGAGGAAGUGGACUGUUACUUUUCCAUCCCUGUAUGGUGGAAGGAGUCGCUCGCCUUGAUGAUUCAUUGUUAUGGAGACGCGAAAUGCCACAUAAAGGCUAAUCUCUGCAUCUUCCAGAGAGACUAAUAUCUUCGCCAUCAUUCACUGGAUUACUUGGAGCUGUCUGCAACUGUAUAGUUAAAUGAGUUAGCUGGGGAUCGAUCAUCCACAGCUAGCCCAUUAGCCAACAACCCAAGUGAUUCGUUUAGUACAGUAUUAACAGUUUAUGUCGUGUCAGUCUUUUUUAUUUUUAUUUACCGAUAGUCAUUUAGAUUACGUUUAGAAAAUGUCCUUUUUCAAUUUUCGGAAGAUAUUUAAGCUUGGUACGGAGAAGAAGAAGAAACAGUAUGAACACGUUCACAGAGACCUCAACCCAGAGGAGAUUUGGGAGAUCGUGGGAGAACUUGGGGAUGGAGCCUUUGGUAAAGUCUACAAGGCUCAGAACAAACAGACCGGGAUCCUGGCUGCAGCUAAAGUGAUUGAUACCAAAACAGAAGAGGAGCUGGAGGACUACAUGGUGGAGAUCGACAUCCUCGCCUCCUGUGACCAUCAGUACAUAGUCAAACUGCUGGAUGCUUUCUAUUAUGAUGGCAAACUAUGGAUUCUCAUUGAGUUUUGUGCUGGAGGAGCAGUGGACGCUGUGAUGUUGGAGCUGGAGCGGCCAUUGACAGAGCCUCAGAUCCGGGUUGUGUGUAAACAGUCGCUGGAGGCGCUGGCUUACCUCCAUGAGAGUAAGAUUAUACAUCGGGACCUGAAAGCUGGAAAUAUUCUCUUUAACUCAGAUGGAGAUGUCAAAUUGGCUGACUUUGGAGUGUCUGCAAAGAAUACAAAGACCCUUCAGAGAAGAGACUCUUUCAUUGGAACACCGUACUGGAUGGCACCCGAGGUGGUGAUGUGUGAGACUUCGAAGGACAGACCGUACGACUACAAAGCGGACAUCUGGUCCCUGGGGGUGACUCUGAUCGAGCUGGCACAGAUCGAGCCGCCCAACCACGAGAUGAACCCAAUGAGAGUCCUGCUAAAAAUAGCAAAGUCUGAGCCCCCCACACUCGCAGCUCCAUCACGAUGGUCUCCUGAGUUCAGUGAUUUCCUGCGGAAAGCACUGGAUAAAAAUGUAGACAAUAGGUGGAGUGCAUUGCAGCUCUUACAGCAUCCAUUUGUUUCAAAUGUGGUGAAUAACAAACCACUGCAAGAGCUGGUUGCUGAGGCUAAAGCCGAAGUGUUUGAGGAGUUUGAAGAGGGCAAAGAGGAAGAGGAGGAAGAAGAGCCAGAGUCCCAGCCGGUGGUGCCUGGACACAAACGUGCAUUAUCGGACACCAGCGUUGGCAGCUCGGAGGAUGAGAGGCAGUAUCAGAACACGCCAACUCUUGAGUCGGUCACGGAGAAGGCUGAACCUGAAAGAAAACGUAGUUCAGAGGAUCAAGCUAGAGAUAAGACCUCUGACAUGGUGGUGGACAUCAGCGAACCCAACCAUGCUAAGGAUGAGAAGAUGAAUGAGGCCAGUCCAUCAGACACCAGUACUGAGGAAUUACGUUCUGGUGAGCAGGCUAUUCCAAAACAUGAAGAAUCUCACACACCCGUGACCACAGAAAAAGAGAUUUCUGGUCAGCCAAAUCCUCCAGUGUCAAAUGACACUGUCCUCCAAGAGAUUGUAACCGUCAGUGAGGAAACUGGGGAGGAAGAAAAGAAGGAAUUGAAGGUGGAAGAGCCGCCAGAGAAGAAAAAAGAAGAGUGUAAAGAAACACAGCAAGAAGCCAAAACACAAACCACCACAGAUGAAGAGGAACCUACUCUGCCUUCAGAUAUAGCCGAACCAGAGAACAAAUCUGAUGGUGUUACUGAAGAAGCCAUCACUGAACCAAUUGAGGUUACAGAAAAAACUGAAGACAAAAUUGAGACAGAGGAAGAAAUGAAUAAAAAUGAACUAGCAGAAGAUGAGAGAACAGUACCCUCACCACAUGUUCCAACAGAAGAGUUAAAGGAGGAGCAAACUGAAAUUUCACCAGAUGUUUCUACAGAAGAGGUAAAGGAGGAUCUUCCUCCAGUGGCAACAGAGGACCAAGAAAAAGCUGGAGAUAAGGGUGAGAGUUCAGAACCCAAAGACGAUCUUGCAACCAAGGGGGUAGAUGUAGUAGAGGACAACUCCAUGAAUGAAUUCCCUGUUGUUGUCAUCAAUGGUGUAAAAGAAGAGGAGGUCAGUGCAACAGAGGAACCUAAAGAAGCCCAUGAAGACAGACCAGAGAUCCAGGAAGCACCAACCGUGCCUGAGAGUGACCAGAAUGCAGAGGUAGCGAAACCUGAUGUUGAAAAGGAGAAAGACUCUGACUCAGGCAGCAGUUCUGCUGCAGAUACUAACAGCAUUGACAUUAAUCUGUCAAUCUCCAGCUUCCUCUCCAAAAGCAAAGAAGGAUCUAUUUCAAUACAGGAUACCAAGCGCCAAAAGAAAACACUGAAAAAGACCCGCAAGUUUAUGGUCGACGGAGUGGAAGUCAGUGUCACCACAUCCAAGAUUGUCACCGACAAUGACACCAAGAGUGAGGAACUGAGAUUUUUGAGGCGUCAGGAGCUACGAGAACUGAGGCUUCUGCAAAAAGAGGAGCAAAGAGCUCAACAGCAGCUCAGCAAUAAACUGCAGCAGCAGAAAGAGCAGCUCUUCAGGCGCUUCGAGCAAGAAAUGACGGGGAAGAAACGUCAGUAUGACCAAGAGGUGGAGAACCUUGAGAAACAGCAGAAACAAACCAUAGAGCGUCUAGAGCAGGACCACACCAACCGGCUAAGAGAUGAGGCCAAGAGGAUCAAAGCAGAGCAGGAUAAGGAGCUCUCCAAGUUCCAGAACAUGCUGAAGAACCGCAAAAAAGAGGAGCAAGAGUUUCUCCAGAGACAGCAGCAGGAGCUGGAUGGAGCUCUGAAGAAGAUCAUCCAGCAGCACAAACUAGAGAUCGCCACUAUAGAGAGAGACUGUCUCAACCACAAGCAGCAGCUCAUGAGAGCUCGGGAGGCAGCCAUGUGGGAGCUGGAGGAGCGCCACCUGCAGGAGAAACACCAGUUGCUGAAGCAGCAACUGAAGGAUCAAUACUUCAUGCAGAGACAUCAGCUCCUCAAAAGGCAUGACAAGGAGAUGGAGCAGAUGCAGGGUUAUAACCAGCGGCUGAUAGAGGAGAUGAAGAACAGGCAGGCACAGGAAAGAGCUCGGCUGCCCAAGAUCCAGCGCAGUGAAGCCAAGACACGUAUGGCGAUGUUUAAAAAGAGCCUGCGGAUCACUGGCACAGGAACACCAGAGCAGGACAGAGAGAAGAUCAAACAGUUUGCCACUCAGGAGGACAAGAGACAGAAGAAUGAGAGACUCCAUCAGCAUCAGAAACAUGAGAAUCAGAUGAGAGACCUGCAGCUGCAGUGCGACUCCAACAUCAGAGAACUUCAACAGAUGCAGAAUGAGAAAUGCCACCUCCUGAUUGAGCAUGAGACUCAGAAGCUGAAGGAGCUGGAUGAGGAGCACAGUCAGGAGCUGAAGGACUGGAGGGAGAAGCUUCGGCCCAGGAAGAAGGCUCUGGAGGAAGAGUUCACACGUAAACUGCAGGAACAGGAAGUCUUCUUUAAGAUGAGCGGAGAGUCCGAAUGCCUCAAUCCCACCACCCAGAGCAGAGUCUCCAAAUUCUACCCCAUUCCCAGUGUGCACUCCUCUGGCUCUUAAUCUUCACUGAGCUUUAUCUAAAGUGAGGAAGAGCUGUUCCAGUCAAGAGCCCAUUAGCCUUUUAAAGGUAUGAUAUCAGAAUAGAUGCAUGGGGUUGAAAUGAAAUUCCAAAAUACCUGAAAGUUGGAAUCUAACAGCGAUGAAGGACAAACCUCAUGAAACCAAUGGAUUAACACUUUAGUUUUCUGUUUGUUCAUUUGUGCUUGAGACGUUAGCACAAAUUAGCAAUGAAUACACUCAGGCAAUAUCAUCUUGUCUUUGUGGAAUACAUGCAUGACACAGCCUUAAUGAGGGUCACAUGAUGCCCAUAACAAACCAAACGUCACUCAGAAAAUACCACUAAAAUGGUGAGAAGUCACAUUUAAAAAGAACACGUGGACACACUAGUCACUGUUACACUCAAUUCUCUAAAUGUUCAAGUUGCACAGCUAGUAAAUGAAGCUUCAGUGCUGUUUGGUCUUGUAGCAGCUGUUAUAUGUUGUAUUUUUUGAAUACUCCUGUGAAUCUGGCCUAUUCUGUUUUUAAUGUCCACGUAAAGAUACUUUUAAAACAAACUACUCAUUUUAACUUUUUCUUUUACUAUUUGUCUUAUGGUUAAAGUUAUUUGCAGUCAAGGAAUGUAACCUGUAAGAUGACAUUGCACACUUUAAAAAAAAACAUAUGCAGUAGUGAUCUCUUUAGUGCAUUAUGAAGGAAACGGUGCCCAAAUAUUUGUAUACAAUGAUGUCAUUUCUCAUUUGGCAAGUCACUUUGUGGUCAAGAGUACCCGAGUUUAUUUUUUUAUGAGCAAAUUAAUUUCACAUAUUUGAAGAAGAAUAGGGCAGUCUUUGCCGCCUUGAAUGUUUCAUAUAUGGUGUUAAAAAGUAAUUUAUGGAUUUAACUGAAGUUGAACGUUUUUAUUGUUCGUUUAUUUCCUGUUUCAUCAAUAUAUAAGGGCAAUAUGAAUUUGCACAUGCUAGGUGGUUUAUUUGAAGUUUAGGUUUUCUUUUUAUUAAAGGACACACACUUUGAUAGAUGUAGAGCAGUUUAGGCCAUUGCAGUCUGCAAAAGUGUUUCAGUGGGAAGACGUGAACGUUUCUCGCUGUUGCUGAGGACUUUUCAUCUGAUUCAAGCUCUAUUUUUGAUAACACGUUUUGUGCAAGAAAUUACACACCUGUAUCUUAUCCAUAAUAUGACAUGCUGUGCUCCUAUACUUUUUGCAUGCUGAAAGAAAUCCCAAAUGCUGUAAUUUACCAGAGACAUGAACUUUUUGAAUAGACGAUGCAUUUUACAAAGGCUGGUUCUAAAAGUUAGUAUUUGCACAAACAGUGCAUUACACAUCAGGAUACUUGUUCAGAGACAGAAAGAAAGGGUCGAUAUCCCAGUGUCAUACUGCUGAACAGUGACCUUAACCUCCUGCAGCACUUUGAUGGAAUAUCUGAUGCAUUUUUUUGAGGUCAAUUUAUGUAUCUAAUCGCUUGUGUCCAUAGGUAUACUGUAAUAAUGCUGUAAAUAAAACUCAUUGUAUUUUC